AUGAUGACCCUUCAGUAUGCCGACAUGCUUCGUGCCCAAGAAGAGGUGGAUGCAAUAUUCUGGAUCCCAGAGGGUAACGUAGCCGAUGUUCUCUCUCAAACCUUCGGACACUAUGGCGGUUCAUCUCUGUCUUCCCGACGCAAAGCCGGGAGACUUCAAAACCAGCGGCAGCAUGUUCUUGAACCUGGUCAACAAAUACGGUAUAUGAUAAUGCGGACAGCGGUAGACUGGUGUACCGGUUUCUUCCCAACAGAUGCGGCGGUCAUGGACAAAUCAUCAUCACAUCAGACUCCUUUUAACCUGCCUGCUUCGCAUAUACUGACACCAUUCUCCAUCGCAGUCUCCUACGCAGCCACCUUUCGAGCUCUGUUGGAACAGAAUCGCAAUAAAAGCAAUUUUGACCGGCUGAGUGAUGAAAGAAUUACAACACUGGUUGAUUUUGUUUGCAGUAAACUGUCGGCUGACUGCAGCCGUAUCCCAAAGCUUGUCGGUAUGCUCGGUCGGGGCGUUUUUGACAUGUCCGACAUGGAGAGCCGUUUGGAACACUCCUCACUUCCUCGCUCCUCUUCUGAAAGUUUGUCAGAAACAGUUUUGGGGUUGGCGUUUGAGUCUUUGAGUUCACAGUGCCGCACAAUCCUAAAGAUCAUGUCGGUGAUAGAACCGACCUGCAUACCCAAGGAGCUGUUUGACCCCGUCUGUCUCCUGGAACCUCAUCCAUUGCUCAGCAUUCAAAUGGACGAGAAAUGUCUGCUGGCAUCGUUAGAGAACCUUGUCGCCUGCACGCUGAUAGAUAGCGAUGAGGAUCUGCAAUGCUUUUGUGUCGACAAUAUGGUUGCCCAAAAUAUCCUCAAGGGCUUACUAACAACAUCGGAAAAGCACACCGCGUUGAGCAAUGCAGCAAUUUUGCUCUCUAUCGCCUUUCCUGAAUGCCCUAGGGACAGGCGUCUGUACCCAGACCAUCAGGAUGGCUGUGCAAAAUAUCUAAAGCAUGCCCUGACCCUGCGUUGGUUAUUGACGAGAGAGUAUUCCAACAACAAGGAUAUGAAUGUCGUCACGAUGAAAGAUUUGUAUCGGUUGAUAAGCCUCGUCGAACAGUGA